ACCACAGUCAAAAUUCUAGAUUUUGAAAUCAAACCACUUUCUGACUGACAAUUUCGUGUCCCUGAAAUCCUCAUUAGUGUUUCCAGUACUAAAUACUAUUUUAAUUGAUUUAAGGUGACCGGGCUAUAUAUAGUGCAAGUGCACUUUCACUGUUAUUGAAAAAGAAAGAACACGUUAAUUGUUGAUUAGUAAAUCAUCAAACAAAUUCCUAGGGAAUCAUGGCUGUACCGAAUCAAGAAUUUUUAUGGGGAAUUUUUCAAAGUGUUGACCGAGAUCGUAGUGGAUAUAUCAACACCGAAGAAUUGCAGCAAGCCCUAUCCAACGGCACUUGGAAGCCUUUCAAUCCAGAAACUGUUAGACUGAUGAUUGGUAUGUUUGAUCGCCAAAAUCGUGGCCAAAUAGGUUUCGAAGACUUUGGGGCUCUGUGGAAGUACGUUACAGAUUGGCAGAAUUGUUUUAGAUCGUUCGACAGAGACAAUUCUGGCAAUAUCGAUAAACAAGAAUUGAAUAUUGCAUUAAAUACUUUCGGUUAUAAAUUGUCUGAUGGUUUAGUGGAAACUUUGGUGAGGAAAUUCGACAGAAAUGGUGACGGCACUAUUUUGUUUGAUGAUUUUAUACAGGCCUGUAUUACCUUACAUACGCUUACGGCAGCUUUUCGUCAAUAUGAUACCGAUCAAGACGGAUUCAUCACCAUUCAUUACGAUCAAUUCCUCAACAUGGUCCUAAGUUUGAAAAUGUAAAUUAUUCUAUUGUAUAUAAGAAUUUUUUUAGUUGUUAGGCUUUUAGGCAUUCCUUUUGUCACUUUUAAAUAAUGUUUAAUACACUAUUUUAUUAUUCUCAAUAAGCUGUGUAGCUUUCAUAAAUGAUUUCAAUAAAGAAAAUUAUUCUA